AUGAGGAGAUGCUUGGAGAGACAAGAACGAGAAAUUAAAGAAAGAAGGCGUAGACGAGUUGAAGAAAAAAGAGUGCAUCAAGAAGAAGAUGAAGCUGUUGCAAUUGCAGUGGGUUUGCUCGAUCAACCAAGCCAAGGCCGCCGCUGUGGUUCACAAGUCGGGCGUGGCCCGAACUUGGACAGACAUAGGCAUUCCCGGGGUAAGAAUCUUUUGGAAGAUUACUUUAUCCCAAAUUCUGUGUACUCCAAUGUUGAUUUUCGAGGGCGAUAUAGAAUGCAAUCUCAUUUGUUCAAUAAAGUCAUGCAUGCUGUUUGCAAUUACGAUGCAUACUUCAUUCAGAAGUGUGAUGCUGCUGAUGUUUUGGGGCUUCUUCCGGAGCAAAAGCUUACAUCUGUUAUACGAAUACUGGCGUAUGGUUCAUCUACUGAUCAGGUGGAUGAGAUUGCUAGGAUGGGGAAGUCCAUUACUCUUGAGAGCUUGGUCAGAUUAUGUGAUGCAGUUGAAACUCUCUACACCAGGGACUAUCUCCGCAAACCUACACUUAGGGAUCUCCAAAGGCUUCUAUAG